AUGGUAUAUCAGAAAUGCGACAGAAAGGAAAUCGUCAAUUCCCUCCUUAUCGCAGCCAUUCUUCGGCAAGGCGAGGAUUCGAUGCCUCGUCUCCAUUCUCCCGACUGAAUGCGGACACGAUCAUUGAUCAGCGGCUAAUCGAAGGAGCCCAGAGCUCUCCGCAGGCAAGUCCAGCGUACGGAAACGACCACAGAGUUUAUGCCCCCGAGUCUAGACCCCUUCCUGGUGAUGAUUUGCAGUAUGAUGCGUUCGAUUUAGAGCUUCUGGCCCAAUCGGACGAGUCCAUGAAGGGUCGACAACCUACAAUAUAUCAUGAAGAAAGCCGGCAUUUGUCACACGAGCCGGGAUGCCGAGACAGCUCUAAUCAGGUCUCGCAUUUCUUUUCCGGCUCACAAAUCCCAUCCCACCAGAGCUUUGGGUCUAGCUCUUCGAAUCCCGAUAACCGAUCGCCCUCUAGCCCGUUUACUAGCCUCCAAUCUGGAAGACCAACGUCGUUCCGAGCACCAAACUAUGAAGUCGGGGCCAACACGCAAGGUUAUAGCAUCGAAUAUCAGGGUGAAGAACCAACUAGAUCCACUUGUGAGACUGCAAUGCACUCCCCGUCUAAGAUGACCCCGUUUCAAAAUAUCCCCAUGUCGAUCAGGGGAAUCGUUCUGGUGUCGGUCCGCGAAUUACCGGAUAAUUAUCGAUCAAUAUUUCACUUUUCAGUCUUCAAUGCCGUCCAGUCAAAGUGCUUCCACUCUGUAUACAAGACCGACGAUAACGUAGUCCUUGCGGCACCAACUGGAAGUGGCAAAACUGUCAUUAUGGAGCUGGCGAUCUGCCGUUUGCUGGCUAAUCUGAGAGACGAACGAUUCAAGGUCGUUUAUCAAGCCCCGACCAAAUCUCUUUGCUCCGAAAGAUUUCGCGACUGGAACAGGAAAUUUCAAACAUUGGGACUCCAGUGCGCGGAACUGACCGGCGACACGGAUUACACGCAGAUGAGAAAUGUUCAAAAUAGCCAGAUAAUCAUCACCACGCCGGAAAAAUGGGAUAGUAUGACUCGAAAGUGGAAAGACCACAUCCGAUUGAUGCAAUUGGUCAAACUGUUCCUUAUCGAUGAGGUUCACAUUCUCAAGGAAGCGCGUGGCGCCACUUUAGAGGCCGUUGUAUCUCGAAUGAAAGCCAUUGGAUCCAAUGUUCGCUUCGUUGCUCUGAGCGCUACUAUCCCCAACUCCGAGGAUGUUGCGACCUGGCUAGGUAAGGAUGCGACAAACCAGCAUGUGCCAGCACACCGUGAGCAUUUUGGCGAGGAAUUCCGUCCCGUCAAGCUUCAGAAAUUUGUGUAUGGUUUUCAGUCGCACGGCAAUGAUUUUGCAUUCGAUAAGAUGUGCAGUUCGAAGCUUCCGGAAAUCAUCGUCACGCAUUCCUGCAGGAAGCCGAUCAUGAUAUUUUGCUGCACUAGGAACUCGACUGUAGCUACUGCAAAAGAGCUUGUGCGUUUGUGGUCCAUGUCCAAUCCGCCCGCGAGGCUUUGGAAAGGUCCAAAUAAACACAUAGAGGUCCAUAACGUUGACUUGAAAGGCACAAUUGCUGCUGGGGUUGCUUUUCAUCAUGCUGGACUUGAUCCUGCUGACCGACACACCGUUGAGACUGGUUUCCUAGACGGGCAGAUCAACAUUAUCUGCUGCACCUCAACCCUGGCAGUAGGCGUGAACCUUCCAUGCCAUCUGGUGAUAAUCAAAAAUACCGUCGGAUGGCAAGAUGGUGGCUGCCGGGAAUACUCUGAUCUUGAGAUCAUGCAAAUGCUUGGUCGAGCCGGUCGACCCCAAUUCGACGACAGUUCUACCGCCGUGAUUCUCACAAGGAAAGAGCGCGUGCAUCACUAUGAAAGACUGUGCUCUGGGUCCGAAAGCCUCGAGAGCUGCUUGCAUCUGAAUUUGAUUGACCAUUUGAAUGCUGAAAUCGGGCUAGGAAAUAUUAGAGAUAUCGAAUCGGCUAUCAAAUGGCUUGCUGGUACAUUCUUGUUCGUGAGGCUGAGGAGGAACCCAACGCAUUAUCACCUGAAAGAAGGUGCCAACAGAGAUGAUGAAAAUGAGAUGCUCCGACAGAUCUGCAAGAAAGAUAUCAAUCUGCUGAGAGAGAGUGGUUUGAUCGCUCCUGACCAGCUUCGAUCCACACAAUACGGAGACGCAAUGGCCCGAUAUUAUGUUCAGUUCGAAACAAUGAAGGGAUUUUUGGCUUUGAAGCCUCGAUCCAGUAUCUCUCAGAUCCUUUCUGUGAUAGCCCAGGCAGAGGAGUUUCGUGAAGUCCGUAUCAAAUCCGGUGAAAAGUCACUGUAUAAAGAGCUCAACCGCGCCAAUGGCAUUCGCUUCCCCGUAAAAGUGGACAUAGCUCUUCCAGCCCAUAAAGUCUCACUCCUUAUUCAAUCUGAAUUAGGUGCCGUGGACAUCCCGGAUGGUGACCAGUUUCAAAAGCACAAGUUCGCCUUCCAACAGGACAAGAGCUUCGUUUUCUCUCAUGUCAAUCGCCUCAUUCGUUGUAUCAUCGACUGUCAAAUCUCCAAUGCGGACGCGGUUGCCAUUCGUCAUGCACUAGACCUUGCAAGGAGUUUCGGGGCUAAAGUGUGGGAUUAUUCCCCUCUCCAGAUGAAGCAGAUCGAUCAGAUCGGCGUUGUUGCUGUUAGGAAAUUAUCAGCCGCGGGGAUCACCAGCCUUGAGGCUUUGGAGCUCACGGAGGCUCAUCGCAUCGAUAUGAUCCUGAGCAAGAACCCGCCGUUCGGAAUGAAAGUGCUCAGUCGUGUCGCGGACUUUCCUAAGCUUCGGGUGUCUGUCAAGAGCACAGGCAGAGAUAUUAAGCCGGGGACUCCGGUCAGGAUUCGAUUCAAAGCUGAAAUAGCCUUUAUGAAUGAAAAGACACCGUUCUAUUUCCAAAGACGUCCAGUUUACGUCUGCUUUCUAGCAGAAACAUCCGACGGUCAUCUGAUUGACUUCCGGCGAAUCAGGUCCGCAUUCGUCUUCGCUUUGUCUUCUAAUAUUGACAAAUCUAGUGCAAGUAAAAUCCAAAAGAAUCAUGAAAUCUCGCUUAUUGCAGAGAUAAAGGAUCGGAAUCAACUGAUCAGAUGCCAUGUAAUGUGUGAUGAUAUCGUUGGAACUUUGAGGUCCGCAGAGCUGCAGACAGACCUUCCACCUGCUCUAUUUCCGGCCCGUUCGACUGCAGAGAUAACAGCUGCGUCUCAACAGAAUAAAACGAGUAUAUCACGUCCAUCCGGCAUCAAUUCCAAAAUAAAAUCGACCACAGCCCAAAAGACGGAUGUCUUUGAUAGCGAUGACCAGCUGUUUAAUGACUUCCUGGAGAUAGCAGACUGGACUGGACACAACAAUGAUAUUCCAUCCGAGCACAAAGACCAGACGAUAACCCAGAAACGUGCACCCACCGAUGAUCCCCAGCUCUCCACCGAAGCCAGCGAGCCAAUCCGUCUGGAAAACGGCAGAUGGGCCUGCAACCACAAAUGCAAGGACAAAACCGCAUGCAAGCACUUCUGCUGCCGAGACGGACUGGACAAGCCGCCUAAAGCGAGCAAGAAACAACCCUCUGGAAACCCGAAGCCAGAUAAGCUCAACCAGCUUACUCUCUCGGCCAGUGUCACGAAGAAACCGGUCCAUGCUGGUCCGUCUGAGAAAAAGCAGUGCCUGUCUCCCUCUGUCUUGCAGCCGAGCUCGGCCAAUAUCUCACUCAAUCCGGGCCAUUCUUCGGGGAGUCCUAUUGUCGUCGACGGGGACUCUUCGAGUGACUAUGGCGACGACAGCUUUGAUGAUCUCCCUUCGCCAUCUGCGUUGCUACUUGGGAAGUCAAUGGGAGUCUCAAUGCGAGAGAAUAACAAGCUCGUUGAAAUGUCGAAUCUAGAGGACGAAUUCUUCGUCGGAGAAGACUGGCUCUGCACUGAUGAUUCGCUCCAGCUGGUCCAGACCGCAGCCGUUGAUCAACCUCCACGUCCAGACAAGGGUGUAGAUCGAGGGUUUGUGAGCGAAGAAAUGCAGCCACACGGGAAGGAAGGACCUGAGAAGAGUCUCAAGGAAUCAGAAGUUAGCCUGAGUAUCGAAGAUCGUUCGAUUGUGGGAGAUACCUCAGCCAAUUCUCACUCCAAUCCCUUAGGCUCUGGCUGCUCGAAAGAACCGGGAACGGGAACGAAGAGAAAGCUGUCCCAGACAGGGCCAAACCACCAGGUGUACGAAGAGAGAGUGACAAAACCGAAGAAGGCAGAGACAUCGAAGUCCCCAGACGAUAAUGCUGUCUUGUCACGAGUGAGCAAAGAUCAACCCUCUGCAGCACCAGAUCCAUCUAUAAUGCCGACCGACUGGGAGGACAUCGACCCUGCCUUGUUGGAUGAGUUCAAAGACAUUAUCAAUUUCUUUUAA